AUGGAGGAAACUAAAAAUAUUGAGUAGUAGGCAUCAGUCCAGAAAUAAGAUGGAAAUAAAGAAAAGAAAUAUAAUAAAUGGCAACAAACUAAAGAUAAAAAGAGACAGAAGCAAUAAAGAAAGUUCGAAUACUGGGCAAGUAAUGCAGAUGGCUAGAAAGCAAAGCAUAAAAAUGGAGAGGGAGAUUACAAGUAGAUUGAUUAUGCUAUAGGUAGUGCUAAAUUCGAUGAAUACUAUAAAAAGCAAUUUCCAUAUAUGGGAGAGGAAGAGUUUAUUGAGUUCACAAAGAUCUUAUAGGAGAAGCUGCCAGUAACAUUCAGGAUAAACUAGACUGAGUUGCAUCACGAGAGAGUGAUUAAGAUCUUCUCAGAUCCAAAGUUUAUUGAGAGUCAUUACAGUAGAACAGAUGAGAUCGCCUAAAAGGAGGUAAUGAACUUAGAUAUGAAUUAAAGAACCGAAAGACCAGAUGGGAUCAGAAAUGCUAACCUAGACUUAGCUCAAAUUGCUUUAGAAUAAAAGCCCUAUUACCCACCUGGCAAUAUCUUGUUUGAAUUGACUGUACCAAGAGAACUCUUAAAGAAGAAUGUUGGACUCAAAGCAGUUCAUAAGCUUAUACAGUAGUCAAAUGAUGCUGGACUAUUAACUAGGCAAGAAAUAGUCUCUAUGCUUCCACCUUUAUUGUUGGACAUUUAGGCUAAUCAUGCUGUAUUCGAUAUGUGCGCUGCCCCUGGAAGUAAAACUGCUUAGAUUUUUGAGAUAUUAAUGUGUGAUUAACUCUACGGUGGAGGUAAAGGCUCUAAUAUUCAAGAAUGCUAGGGAUUUAUAGUAGCCAAUGAUGCAGAUAAUAAAAGAGCAUAUAUGUUAACUCAUCAGAUGAACAGACUUAAUACUUCAAACAUCUUGAUAUUGAAUCAUAAUGCUUAGAAUUUCCCUAAUCUGUAUUAUCAAUUGUAACAUUAGCCUGCAACACCUGAGGGACUUGAUACUAGAGUGAGAUUCGACAGAAUAGUCUGUGAUGUGCCCUGCUCAUCAGAUGCUGCUAUCAGAAAGAUCCCACAGAAAUGGGAAAAAUGGAAUACCAAUGACGGAGCAUCACUUCAUGUGUUACAAGCUAAGAUCCUAUUUAGAGGUCUUUAACUCUUAAAAGUUGGAGGCAAGAUUUCAUAUUCGACAUGCUCCUUGAAUCCUGUUGAAGAUGAGAGUGUAGUAGCUUCUGCACUUAAGAAAUUCGCUGGCUGCAUAGAGUUAGUCAAAGUUGAAGUGAAAGGAUUUAAAUUCAGAGAAGGCCUUACAGACUGGAAAGUGAUGAGUUUGAUAAAAAACCAAGAUAAGACUGAAGGUGCCAAUCAGUCUCCAUUCAUUGAGUUUGACUCUAUUGAAAAUGUACCUCAAGAUUAUAUACACAAAGGUAUCAAAGACACUAUGUUUGCAAAUCAUUAUGACGAAUAAAUUAGAAAACAACUAGUAAAUUGCUUGAGAGUAUUCCCUCAUGAUUAGAACACUAGCGGAUUCUUUAUAACCAUUAUAAGAAAAAUCAAAGAUUUUGACUCACUAAUUGAUACUUCUAAACCUUAGUAAGAAGAGAAUAAAUUCUAGUAAAACAUAGUCAACCCCCCACAAUAAAUAUCAACUAAAACCGAACUUUCAAGAAUCAUACAGCAAAAAAGCAAACAUUGUACAUUUGAAUUCACCAGAUGUGAGCUAAAGGAUUCAGAUAUCGAAUGGAUCAAAGGCUAUUACGGAUUGACUGAUGAUUUCCCAAUUGAUUAGCUUGUAACAUAGUCAAGCGACAUGAAGAAGCUAUUUUUCAUUUCUUCCCAGGUAUCUAAGUUCCUCUACUCAGAUGUAAAUACUCAUAAUCUAAACAUCAUUAAUAUGGGAGUGUAACUGUUCAUACGAAACACUAGCAAGUAUGGAAGCACCUCAGAGUGCAUCUUCCGUAUCAGUCAGGAUGGAGCUUUGAAUGUCAUCCCAUACAUGACUAGGAGACUAAUAUACGCAGCUAACGAGGAAGAAUUCAAGCAAUUUUUAAUGGCUAAAUCUAUGGAAUUGGAUGAAAUUAAGAGUGAAAAGCUUAGGGCUGAGAUAUCAAACUAGACAGUAGGCUGCUUUAUCCUUGCAAUAAAAGUAGGCGAGAAUGUUGAAGCUAUUACCAUGCAUAAAUUCCCCAAAGCAGUAAGCAUCAUGAUCAGUAAGGAGGGAAUAUUCAGUCUACAUCUCAGAUACCUCUCUGUAGAGGAAAGAUCAAAGGUUGCCAGUAUUUUUGAGUAUGAUAAGUGA